UUCGAUCCUUUAUCUCUCUCUCUCUCUCACACUGUGUGCGUGCGUGUGAAGGGUAAGGUAGAAGCGUAGUUGAAGUGAGAGAUGUCGGGGAAAGGCGCAAAGGGGUUGAUAACUGGUAAAACCCCAGCAUCCACCAAAGACAAGGAUAAGAAGAAACCUACUUCUCGUUCAUCCAGAGCUGGUCUUCAGUUCCCUGUUGGACGUAUUCAUCGUCUUCUGAAGUCAAGGGUGACAGCCAAUGGAAGAGUUGGGGCAACAGCUGCAGUUUAUUCAGCUGCCAUCUUGGAGUAUUUAACUGCAGAGGUGUUGGAGUUGGCGGGCAAUGCAAGCAAGGAUCUAAAGGUGAAGCGUAUUACCCCAAGACAUCUACAGCUUGCUAUACGUGGAGAUGAAGAACUUGACACCCUCAUUAAAGGAACAAUAGCUGGUGGUGGUGUUAUUCCUCAUAUCCACAAGUCUCUGAUCAACAAGUCUUCAAAGGAAUGAGGGGGAAAAAGAAGAUGAAUAUUACUGUAAAUUUGAUGAUAUCCUGAUUUUUGGAUAAUUUUCUCCUUGCUUUAGUUUGUUUGAACCAUCCUUUUGAAGUAAUCUGAAAUUUUCUGAUUUCCUUAUUUGAAUAGUAUUCACUGUCGUGUUGCCUUCUGUGCUAUGGUACUGCAUGCUAGAUGAUACUAUCCGUCUAGGGCUCUAGGAUUUUAUGUUAGAAUAUGGUUCUCGUCGGUUAAACAUUUUGUCUGGGUGUCAUGUCUGUAUGAAUCAAAUUAUACGGCUAAUCUAACUUAUUAUCUACU